UCAAACGCAGUAUGCAGAGGGAAAAGGAAAGGGAGAGUCCAGGUUCUCUUCACGUAAACCUCCCUGGGUCCCACUCCAACCUUAAACCCACUUCUCCAGCUUUCAGAUACGCCUUUCUCACUACUCUUUUUGAGUAUUUUCCUUUAUUCUGUCCUUGUCGUUUCUCUGUCUAUUUCCAACGUUUCUCUGAUUUUUCUGGGUUUUUUGUAUUGGGUCGUGCUUUGUUUUCCUGGCUCUCUCUCUCUCUGCCAUUUUUCUUUCUGGGUAAUCUGAGGGUUGAACUUGAAGAUAGCCCACUGGGUCAAGGAAAGGCGGUGGUAGGAUUCGUGUAGUGUUUCAAUUUGUUUUGGUAAUACUUUUAAGGUUUGAAGUUGGUUUUGCCGCAGGAGGCAGGAGGUUUGUGCUUUUAGAUACCCUUUUUCACUUUAUCAUUAUUUCUGUUCUUUUUUUAUUCUUUUUUUUUUUUUUUUUUUGGAUAGAUUGAACUUGGGUGGUUUUCAAUUCGUCUUCUUGAUGGGUUGUUUUGGUUAUGUGGGGUUGAACAAAUCAUUUCCUUUUCUGUAUUCUUUUCACUUGUUGAUUGUAAAACUAGGAGGAGAUAUAAGCUACUAGAAAAAUGUGAGAACCCAUAGUUAUAGGGAAACCAGACGUUCUUGAUAAUUGGGUGUCUUAGAUCAUUGGAUCUAUUAAUGGGUAUUUAACUCUUGACAAAGCUUGCUUAGUAAUUUUUUUUUAUAACGAGUUACGGAAAAUUGGUUUCUGUAAUGCGGGUUGUGUUGGUAUUUCCUUGAGGAGUUCUGUUAUAGGGAAUCAGAAUUCAGAAUGGGGUUCAAGGGCUGUGGUUGAAUGAAUGCUAUUGCUGUUUUGGUGAGAAGAUUGGAGUAAACAAGCAAGCGUUUGACUGCGAUGUCAAGAGCAUUAGCUCUUUCUUUGUUGAUUUCUUAUCUGGUUAUCUACGUUGCCGCCGUUGAUAAUGAGUUUGUGAACUGGAACUGUGACGAUGAGGGCUUUUGGAGCAUACAAAGCAUUUUAGAGUGCCAAAAAGUGAGUGAUUUCUUGAUUGCAGUAGCAUAUUUUUCGAUCCCCAUUGAGCUCCUUUACUUUGUUAGCUGCUCGAACGUUCCAUUCAAAUGGGUACUUCUUCAGUUCAUAGCAUUUAUAGUGCUUUGUGGAUUGACCCAUUUGCUCAACGGAUGGACUUAUUAUGGCCCUCACUCGUUCCAGUUGAUGCUGUCCCUUACCAUUUUCAAAUUCCUGACAGCUUUGGUUUCAUGUGCAACUGCAAUAACCCUUUUGACUUUGAUCCCUCUACUUCUCAAAGUAAAAGUGAGGGAGCUUUUCUUGAGGCAAAAUGUGUUGGAGUUAGAUCAAGAGGUUGGGAUGAUGAAGAAACAGAAGGAAACGAGUUGGCAUGUACGAAUGCUAACCAGAGAAAUCAGAAAGUCACUUGACAAGCAUACUAUACUAUACACCACUUUGGUUGAGCUUUCCAAGACUUUGGAUUUGCAGAAUUGUGUGGUUUGGAUGCCGAAUGAGAGUAGAACAGAGAUGAACCUGACGCACGAGUUGAAAACAAGUUAUUCGGAGAAUUUCCGCCAUUCUAUCCCAAUCAAUGAUCCUGAUGUGUUGGAGAUAAGAGGGAGCAAGGGAGUGAGGAUUCUAAGGCCUGAGUCGGCCCUGGGGGCUGCAAGCAGUGGUGGUCCUUCUGUUUCAGGUGCCGUGGCAGCAAUUCGAAUGCCGAUGCUUCAGGUUUCGAAUUUCAAAGGGGGGACACCGGAGUUGGUUGACACUUGUUAUGCUAUACUGGUUUUGGUUCUUCCAGCUUCAAACUUUAGAGUCUGGAGUUAUCAUGAAAUGGAGAUAGUGGAUGUGGUUGCCGACCAGGUGGCUGUGGCUCUCUCUCAUGCUGCAGUUCUUGAAGAGUCUCGGCUAAUGAGAGAGCAACUGGGAGAGAAAAAUCGUGCAUUGCAACAAGCCAGGAAGAACGCAAUGAUGGCAAGUCAGGCAAGGAACACCUUUCAGAAGGUGAUGAGUCACGGAAUGAGGAGGCCAAUGCAUUCAAUCCUGGGCCUGCUGUCAAUAGUUCAAGAGGAGAAUAUGAGCUUCAAACAGAGGAUUAUUGUUGACACAAUGGUGAAAACUGGCAAUGUUCUGUCAACUUUGAUAAAUGACGUGAUGGACAUUUCAAGAAAGGAUAAUGGAAGGUUCCCGUUAGAGAUGAGGCCUUUUGGGCUACAUUCCAUAAUCAAGGAAGCUUCUUGUCUUGCCAAGUGCUUGUGCGUGUACAAAGGCUUUGGUUUUGAGAUUGAUAUUCAAAGCUCUUUGCCUGAUCAGGUCAUAGGUGACGAGAGAAGGGCUUUUCAAUUGAUUUUGCAUAUGGUUGGAUAUCUACUGAAUGUCUAUGAUGGACGGGGGACUGUCAUCUUUCGGGUUUUUCAGGAGAGUGGUACUGAGGCCAAGGAUGAUAAAAUGUUGGGAAUGUGGAGAUCAAGCAUGCCAGAUGAACAUGUUUACAUAAAGUUUCAAACUGAGAUUAGCGAGAAAGAUUCUCAGUCAGAUGGAUCAAUCUCAGCAGCAAAUUAUGCUGGUAGGCGGUACAACAGCAAUGAAGUUAAGGAGGGUCUGAGCUUCAGCAUGUGCAAGAAGCUCGUGCAGAUGAUGCAAGGUAAUAUAUGGAUAUCCAACAACAUGCUGGGUUUUGCACAAUGCAUGACACUUGUUCUUAGAUUCCAAAUUCGAUCUUUUGGAAGAGCCAUAUUUGCGCAUGGAAGUUCCUCAGAGCCAAUUUCCAACUCAAAGCUUAAAGGCCUUCGGGUCAUACUAGCUGAUGAUGAUGAUGUAAACAGGAUUGUGACGAACAAGCUGCUCGAGAAGCUAGGUUGUCAAGUAACUUCUGUUUCAUCCGGGUUUGAAUGCCUGAGUGCUCUUACCGCUGCUGAAAAAACUUACCAAAUUGUUCUUUUGGAUCUUCAUAUGCCUGAAAUGGAUGGAUUUGAAGUGGCGUUAAGAAUCCGGAAACUCCGCAGCCAGAAUUGGCCAGUAAUUAUAGCCCUAACAGCCAGUGCUGAGGAAUAUGUGAUGGAAAGAUGCCUGCAAACAGGAAUGAGUGGGGUGAUUCGAAAACCUAUUCUCUUGCAAGGAAUGGCAGAUGAGCUUCGAAAAGUUUUGCACUGGGCAGGUGACGGAUUGUGAAGAAGUCCUUUCUGGCAUAGAUUUUUUUCUUUUUUCUUUUUUAAAUAUAUAUAUUUUUGGGGGUCUUUUAGAGCAUGUCUUUGAGAUUCCACUAGAGAAGUUAAAGUUAGUAUUUAACUCAAUAUCAUACAAAAUAUAGCUAUUAUAUCUUGCCAACUCUUUUCCAUGAUUAAGCUGUACUUGCACUUGCAGAACUUGAUGUUAAAACAAGCUACUUACAGGUCCAUCUGAUAGUGAAAUUAAUAUGAUUCAUAAAAACUGAAAUUUUUAUUUUUA